GAAAUAGCUCAGGGGUAGAGCGCUUGCUUAGCAGAAAUCGUCACGGUUUGCAUGAGGCCCGGGGUUCAAUUCCCCGUUUCUCCAUCUGUUUUGGCUUCCUGGUCUGCCAGCCCGCACAGCAGCGCGGCAGGAACACCUUUUGCGCUAGCAGCCAGUCUCCUAGGCGAUGGCGCAGCCGACAUGCUUUACAUGCGAUGACGAUGUGAUUCCACAAUACGUACCUCUCCUCGUUGUCGUACAGACUCGUCACCUCAUCUUCAUUCUCACGUCUACCGCCGUCAUGCUCAGCGCGGACACUAUCGUCCUGGUGAUUACGGCGCUCGUACUUCUACACCAGCUUCCACGCUUCGUCCAGCCCAACAUUAUCGUCGUCUGCGAGAAAGACUACAUCGACAAGGUGGCCGAAGCCGAAGUCAUCGACAAUGGCAAUGCUGGCGUUGCCGACUUGCGCCGCCGCACCUCACCAAGCGCUCCACGGUCCAAGCGUCACAGCGAGAACUUUGAACUUGCAGUCAUCUUUUCGGCGAUGUACCUUGGGGGGUUGUGCCCGUUUUUCGCGUGGGAAGCAAUGAACAGAGGUUGGAACCCGCUGGCAACAGCGGCAUACCCGGUCUGCACGGUGGCUGUAAUCUGGCUUCUCCCUUCCAUCUUCAGCAGGUGGUACACCGCCUAUUACCAGUGGCAGCGGAUUCGAGACCUCACUAUUGUCUGGCGGGCCAAGAGGGGUUCAGAUGGUGCGAAUGCGGAGGACACUCAGAAGCAGAAGUAGCGAGGAGACGCGAACGGAGCAUGGGAGCGCACCAGAUUGAGGCAAGAACGUCGGUGGUGGGAUAUGUGUAGCGUUGUCGGCUAGUAUUGGGCACUUGCCGGCUAGGAGCGAUGUGGGUGCGGUGGCGGCGAAGCGAUCCCGGAUUAUACGGUGCGGCAAUGCGGCACGAGUAAUGUGAUCUAGCCUCAGCAGACCUCAUA